ACGAGAGCACAGUGAGACUAAUCGGAAUUGGAUCAAUGGAGAGAGGUAGGGGCGGCGGUUACGGCGGUGGUGGGAGAGGGAACUACGGAGGAGGAGGAGAGAGAGGGAGAGGCGGUUAUGGUAACAGAGGAGGGAGAACUGGCGGUUAUGCUGACGUGGUAUACGGCGGCGGGAAUGGCGGUCGCGGAGGUGGAGGAGGAGGAGAGAGAGGAAGAGGCGGUUAUGGCGGCGGUGGUGUAGGUGUUGGUGGUCACAACCGUCAGCAACGGCAGCAAGAUCAGCAGUGGGGUAAUCAGACUCGCGGCCAGCGUGGGAGGUCUGAUCAGCAAUCUUGGAGGUCCUCUGGUCAGCCGCCGCAGGAGCAGCAGUGGAGUCAGAAUCGAGGCCAGUAUCCGAGGACUACUCCGGCACCGGCUUCUUCAUCGUCGCCGUCUCCCAAGAAGAAUGAAACUGGUGGUUCUGGAGUGCAAUUGAUGAGAAUUUCAAAGCAGACAACUUCUCCAUCUUCAUUGAACAGUGCAGAGAAAAAGACGCCUGUGGCACGACCUGAUAAUGGAGGCACGGCAUUUGUUAAAACUGUUGGGCUUCGUGCGAAUUUCUUCAAUGUCUCGUAUGAUCCCCAGAGUACUAUAAUGCACUAUGAUGUUAAUGUCAAACCAGUGAAUGCUACAAGGAAUGGGAGACCAGUUAAAGUUAUGAAGUCUGAUCUUGCUGCCAUAAGAAACAAGAUGUCAGCUGAUAAUCCUUCAGGAUUUCCAUUAUUGAUGACUGCCUAUGAUGGUGAGAAGAACAUUUUCAGUGCUGUGACAUUACCCACUGGAGAGUUUAGGGUGGAGGUUCCUGGGGAAGAAGGCACACGCUUAAGUUCGUAUAUAGUUACCAUCAAAUUUGUAAACGAGCUCAAGCUUUGCAAGUUGAAAGAGUACCUAGGUCGUCAGCUGUUAUCUAUCCCUCGUGAUAUAAUGCAGGGGAUGGAUUUAGUGAUGAAGGAGAAUCCUACUCGACGCUUGAUUCCUGUUGGCCGUUCUUUUUACCCUACUGAAUUUAACCCUGGUGAUGACCUUGGACAAGGUACUGCUGCAUUUAGAGGGUUUCAGCAUAGUUUAAGGCUCACUUCCCAGGGUCCUGCUAUGUGUCUGGAUUACUCAGUUUUGGCAUUUCAUAAGCGCAUACCAGUUAUAGAUUUUCUGCAUGAAAAGAUUUGGGGUUUUUCUUUAAAUGAUUUCUCGAGGUUUAGGAGGGAUGUUGAGAAUGUAUUGAGGGAAUUGAAAGUUACUGUGACUCAUCGUCCGACAAAGCAGAAGUAUGUCAUCAAGGGGCUAACUGAUAGGAAUGCAGGGGACAUUACAUUUGAGGCUGUUGAUCUUGAUGGCCGGGUUCCACCGACGAGGCUUAGACUCGUUGAUUAUUUCAGAGACAAAUACCAAGAUAUAAAAUACAAAAAUAUUCCUUGCUUGGAUUUGGGGAAAAAUGGUAGGAGGAAUGAUACACCUUUGGAAUUCUGUGUCUUGGCUGAAGGGCAGAGGUACCCCAAGGAUCAUUUGGGCAAAAAUGCUGCAAUUAUGUUGAAGAACAUGUCAUUGACUUCACCAAGUGUAAGAGAGGCCAACAUACGCAACAUGGUACGGUCGGAAGAUGGACCUUGUGGUGGCGGCAUUAUGAAGAAUUUUGGAAUUGAAGUCAACAUGAAUAUGACACAAGUGAUAGGGCGUGUCAUUGGUCCACCUGAGUUGAAGUUGGGUGGUUCUGGGGGCAAGGUGACUAAGGUAACAGUAGACGGUGAGAAAUGUCACUGGAAUCUAGUUGGCAAGUCAUUAGUAGAAGGAAAACCGAUAGCUCGCUGGGCGGUAAUUAAUUUUAGCAGUUUCGAUCGGGACAAACUGGACCCUUAUCAAUUCAUCCCAAAGCUCAUCGCUCGAUGCAACAAAUUGGGAAUGAAAAUGGAAGAACCUCUCAUCUAUGAAGAGGCUUCAAUGAGACCAUUUUCUAGUGUUAACAUGCUUUGGGAAUUGCUUGAAACUGUUAAUGGGAAGGUGCUCCGGCAAGGCAAGGGCCACUUACAACUACUUGUUUGUGUGAUGUCCAGAAAAGACAAUGGUUAUAAAUAUUUGAAGUGGAUUUGUGAGACUCAAAUUGGUAUAGUGACGCAGUGCUGCUUGUCAAAGAUGGCCACCAAAGCCAGUGACCAGUUUCUUGCAAAUCUUGCACUGAAGAUCAAUGCGAAGCUUGGCGGCAGUAAUGUAGAGCUGAUUGACCGGCUCCCUCUCUUUGAGGGUGCUGGCCCUGUCAUGUUUGUGGGGGCUGACGUUAAUCAUCCUGCAGCUAAGAACACAACAUGCCCAUCCAUAGCAGCUGUAGUUGCCACCAUCAACUGGCCUGCUGUGAAUCGUUAUGCUGCACGAGUUCGACCGCAGUACCAUCGUAAGGAGAGCAUAUCGAAUUUUGGAGACAUGCUUUUGGAGCUUGUUGAAUCUUAUCAUCAAAUAAAUAAAGUCAAGCCUGAAAAAAUUGUUGUUUUUCGAGAUGGAGUAUCUGAGGGGCAGUUUGAUAUGGUACUUAAUGAAGAGCUGGUAGAUCUGAAGAGGGCUUUGGGAACCAUAAACUAUUUUCCAACCAUCACUGUGAUUGUUGCUCAGAAACGGCAUCACACACGGCUGUUUCAGGAGAAUGGGAGUUCCAAUGUAUCUCCAGGAACUGUUGUGGACACAACAAUUGUGCACCCAUUCGAGUUUGACUUCUACCUCUGCAGUCACUAUGGAAGCCUUGGUACAAGCAAGCCGACACACUACCAUGUUCUUUGGGAUGAACACUGCUUUACGUCUGACCAGUUGCAGAAGCUUAUAUAUGACCUGUGCUUUACCUUUGCAAGGUGCACAAAACCUGUAUCUUUGGUCCCGCCAGUGUACUAUGCUGACCUUGUGGCCUACAGAGGGAGAUUGUAUUAUGAGGCUAUGACAGAGGGAUUCUCCCUAGGGUCCAUAACAUCCUCUACCUCAGCGUCAUCAUCGGCAUCUUCAACACUGUCGGGGGGUUCUCAGGAUGGCAAGUCUUACAGACUGCAUGCUGACCUUGAAAAUAUUAUGUUCUUCAUUUAGUAGUCAACUCCGUAUGAUGGGAUACCUGGACGCAAAUCCAACCUCCUGUGAAGGGGUUUGUGCGUGAAUCUAAUGGGUUCUUCUGUGUUUGAUGUUAUUUUGCUUCGUGUGCUACUGCUGUUCACUUUCAAACUGUAUUCUGGUAUCAUAGGUUGUGUCUUUUAUGUUUAAUAGUGUUUGGAUUUUAAGGUUUGAUAGACAUAGUAGGAAGUUUAGCGCUUUUCCAAAUGUAAUUGUACCAGUAAGACUGACUGCUUUGUUUUACAAUACGCAGAAAGCUUCAUUAAUAAAAUUUAAACUGAGAAAAAUGCUACUCGAAAGCCUCUAACUCUUUCUUUGAAGAAUAGGAGAAGAUUGUCGAUGCUCACCUGAAACAAUUAUUGGGACCAACUUAAUGACUGCAGUUACACAUACAGUUUCAUUAUGCUCAAAGGAGCCGAAUACAGCUCUGUGAAUCAUAACAGGUCUCUCCGGCUCACCUU